CCCAAGCCUGCUGCAUCUUUACUCAAAGAAAGUUGAAAACACACGGAGGAGCAGGAAUGGCGUCCACCACCAGGUCCAGCUACAUCAUCCUCCUCUCGGCGGCGGCGGUUCUGCUGUCCGUCGUCGGCGGCGCCAUGGCUGCCAGGACUAACUGGUGCGAGCCAGGACUGGUCAUCCCGCUGAACCCUCUCCCGAGCUGCCGCACGUACCUGGUUCGCCGGACCUGCGGCCUCGGCCGCGGCCCCUUCGUCCCCCUGCCGGUGCUCAAGGGGAGGUGCUGCACGGAGCUGGAGAAGAUCGUGCCCUACUGCCGGUGCGGUGCGCUGAGGAUCAUGAUGGACGGCAUGCCGGGCGGCGGCGAGGACACGCCGCCAUGCUCUUGGGGCGGGCAGCUUGAGCUCGCACCGACCCUCGUGUCGGAGGCGGAGUGCAACCUGAUGACCAUCCAUGGCCGGCCCUUCUGCUACGCGCUCGGAGCUGAAGGAACGACGACCGAUUAGAUUGCCGGAAAUUAUGUACAUUAUGCCGGUGAUGUGCACUGAAAUACUGAAUAAUAAAGGGAACAAGCUAU